AAAUUCUUUUAGUAUUAAAUGAACUCCAUCUGAUGAGAAUCGACCGACCGCGCCCACUGACAGCUAAAUUUUGCUCUAUUUGAAAAAAAUGGUUCGGUCGGACUCGAUAUUGUAACCGGCCGUUGAUCAAUUCGCCGGCACCGAACGUUUACAACGCUUUGGCGAAAUUCUUUCAGGGUUAGAUGAUGUCCGAAGAAGAGAAACAAGUGAAAUCGUAUUCCGAGGCGUCAACGACUUCCUCGGUUGAAAUUCAGAAUUGGAUCGAAGCGCAAGAUUUGCUGAAGAAGAAACUGAUCAAAGAAGAUGAUCUGGAAGGGAACGGGGAUGAUUUGAAAUACGUCGGCGGCGUUGAUAUAAGCUUCUUAAAGGAAGAUUCGUCAGUUGCGUGUGGUACGCUUGUGGUUAUGGAUCUUCAAACUCUUCAAGUUGUUUAUGAUGAUUUCUCUCUUGUUACUGUUCAAGUUCCUUAUGUCCCUGGCUUUCUCGCAUUUAGAGAGGCCCCAGUUCUCUUGGAGCUUUUGGAAAGGAUGAAAAAGAGAGCUCCUCUUUUGUAUCCACAGUUAUUGAUGGUUGAUGGAAAUGGAAUACUCCAUCCUCGAGGUUUUGGUUUGGCCAGUCAUCUUGGCGUUCUUGCUAAUUUGCCUACAAUUGGAAUUGGCAAGAAUCUGCAUCAUGUUGAUGGUCUUACCCAGACCAGCGUCAGGAAACUUCUUUCCGAAGGCAAAAAUAACGAUUCUAUAAUAACUUUGAAGGGUAUCUCUGGAAGCAUUUGGGGUGUGGCUAUGAGAUCUACUGUUGAUUCAUUGAAACCUCUAUACGUUUCAAUUGGUCAUCGUGUUUCGCUUGAUACUGCCAUUGAGAUUGUUAAAAUCACUUGCAAAUAUCGUGUUCCAGAACCUAUCCGACAGGCUGACAUUAGGUCAAGAGAAUACCUCAGGAAAUUUCAAAUGGGAGUGUUAGAAAGAACAACUUCAUAGCAAAGAGCGAUGUAACCUAUAAUUGUUGAGUGGGAAGAUAAAAGAGUGAGGAAAAAAGUACUGUACUAUGAUACCAUUUUAAGUAACUUAAUGUAUUAAAUUAUAAACAAUAAAUAAAUAUGAAAUGUAUGGUUGUCGUUUUAAUUACAAUUUUA